GGCUCCGGCAUUGAGUGUCGGGACGAGUGAGACAGAACGUGCAGCGGAGCCGAGCAGAGCCGAGCAGAGUGCUUCCCGUGCACACGCCUUCCGGCCUUCCGCGAUCCACCGCGAACUCGUGCCACCCGUGAGGACCCUCAAGAGCGUCAAGACACACCGCCACCGCCAUGAAGGUGUACUUCUUCGUCGCCCUAGUGGCGUGCGCCAGCGCCAUGCCCCUGGGCCAGGAGGGCCCCGAGGCCAAGGAGGCCGUCGCCCUGGCCCCCGCCGCCCCCGCCGCCCCCGCGGCCCCCGCCGCGCCCGUCAACAUCCCCGCCGACGAGUCGCGGAAGGAGGAGCCCAAGCCCAUCGUCCCGGUGGAGCCAACGGCUGAGCUGGCCGCCAAGCCCGCCGAGGUCGCCGUCAAGGCCGUGGAGGCCCCCGCCGCCAUCCCCGAGGCCCCCGUCAAGCCCGUCGAGGAGGUCAAGAUUGAGCCGGUAGCCGACAUCAAGCCCGUCGAGGAAAAGCCCGCGCUCAAGACCGUCGAGGCCGUCGAGAUCAAGGAGGCUCCCAAGGAGGCCCCCAAGGAGGCCCUGAAGGAGCUGCCCAAGGAGGAGAUCAAGGAGGAGAAGAAGGAAGAAAUCAAGGAGCCCCUCGCCAAGCCCGCGGAGAUUCUCAAGGAGGCGCCCAAGGAACUGCCGAAAGAGGAGAUCAAGGAAAUCAUCAAGGACCUGCCCAAAGAGGAGAUCAAGGAGCCCACGCUGGAGAAGGAGAUCCCCAAGGAGUCGCUUAAGGAGCUGCCCAAGGAAGAAAUCAAGGAGGAGAAGAAGGAGGAGAUCAAGGAGGAGAUCAAGCCCAUCAUCAAGGAGGAGGCCAAGAUUGCCCCCGAAAUCAAGGAGGAGGCCAAGAUUAUCCCCGAGAUCAAGGAGGAGAAGAAGGAGGAAAUCAAGAAGGAAGAGAGCAUCCCUGCCGCCGCCAAGGCCAUCCCCGAGGAGGAGAAGAAGGAGGAGAAGAAGGAAGUGAAGGAGGAGAAGAAGGAAAUCGUCAAGCCCGAAGCCAAGAUUGAGCCACUGCAGCCCAACAAGGACCAGGCUCUCGUCACGGAGGAGAUGAAGGUGGAGCCCUCCAACGCCAUCGAGGACAAGAUCACCGAGAAGAAGAGCGAGCCGAUGAAGCUGGAGAUGAUCGGCGAGCUGCCCCAGGCCGCCAAGCAGGUGGCCGUGACGACGCCAAGCCCAAGGACGGCAUCCUCCAGGUCAAGUCUGCCGAUGUCCAUCAAGCUGGAGGAGGCCAAGAAGGAGGAGCCCAAGAAGGACCUGCCCAAGAUCGAGGAGCCCAUCAAGAAGGAGGACAUCAAGGAAAUCAAGAAGGACGAGGAGGUCAAGAAGGACCUGAAGCCCGAGGACGCCAAGGCCGCCGUCGACGCCGACACCGCCCUGAGGAAACAGCGUGAGGCCGAGAAGAAGGGCGAGGAGAAGAAGAAGCCUACCGAGACACCCAAGAAGGAGGACCUCAAGAAGGACGACAUCAAGAAGGGCAAGAGCGAGGAGGAAGUCAAGGCCGCCGUGCAGGAAGCCGUCAAGCCCACCGAGACCGCGGUCAAGGCCGAGCCGCAAGUCCAGGCCAAGGACCUCCCCAAGACCGAGGAGAUCAAGAAGGAGGAGAUCAAGAAGGACGAAAUCAAGAAGGAGCCCAUCAAGGAGGAAAUCAAGAAGGAGGACAUCAAAGAAACGCUGAAGAAGGAGGAGGCCCCCAUUGAGGGCAAAAAGGUCGAUAUCCCUGCCAUCCCCGCCGUGCCUGCCGUGCCCGCCGUGCCCGUCGCCCCGGUGGCCGACGCCAAGGAGGAGGUGAAGAAGCUCGAGAUCCCCGCCAUCAAGGAGGAGAAGAAGGAGGACAUCAAGAAGGAGGAGAUUAAGAAGGAAGAGCUCAAGAAGGAGGAAAUCAAGAAGGACGACAUUAAGAAGGAGGAGAUCAAGAAGGAGGAGAUCAAGAAGGACGACGCGGCGCCGAUCCUCAAGUCAGCGGUAGCGGAAGCGGCGCCAGUGGCCCCCGUGGCGCCAGCGGUGGCGCCGGUGGCGGCAGCAGCGCCCGAGGCACCAGUAGUGGCCGCGGAGGCCCCCGCAGCCCCCGUCCAGUGAAGGCCCCCGUCCGCUCAGCGAGAGGUCGUCUUUACCGCCGAUUCAAGCCCCUCUGACUCGGCAACCACACCGUUGCCUGGCCACGGGGUGCCCCGCGGCUUUGUCCCUUCCCGCGCUAUAGGAUGAAAAGUUUAGCUAUUUAUUGAAAUCUUCUAGCCGGGAAGGGACAGACCGGUCCACAGUACAAGUUAAGUGCGGCAGAGUUUAGAGCAGUUUAGAGUAAAAACGCAUACUGCGCACACUCAUAGUGCCAACUGCACGUAGACCGAUACUGUAGAGCAAACUAGCUGGGUGCAGCACAGUGCAGCAGCAGGUCGAUCGCGUACCGACCUACAAAACAAAACUUUCCUCACUCUAAGUCGCGUAGGUUUAUAUGCAGUGAGCUUUGAGCGCCAUUGCUCAGCGUAGAAUUAUCUACUUGGUGAUAAAAUCAGGCUCAACACGCUUGCCAAUGUUUCCUUUCUUUUGUUGCAAUUUUUUUAAAGAAAAAAAAAGGCGUGUAUGUUUGUAUGCCCGCAGUGUUGCCAAAACCACAAAUUUGUCAAAAUAUAAAAUUAAUAACUUUUUAAAAAAGGAGUGUUUGGCCGUAAAAUUGUACGCGGAAAUCUAAGGGUUUCAAAUAGAUGUGUCAAACUGUGGUCUAUGUUUAGGUUUUGGCAACAUUGGUCCGUAGUCAAGACUGAUCUGAAGAAUCUGAUGCUCAUGGUUACGAAGUAAGACGGUUUUGAACAGUAAUUGCCUUGUGUACAUAGGUAACAUUAAGCUGUUCUUUUUUGUAUUUUUCUAAAGUAGUUUUAUGAAUGUGUGAGUGCGUCUUUACGGUUAGUUUUCUUUGCGAUAAAUUAUUACACAAAGUCUACUUGAGACAUAGUGAAAUUGUAAAACCAAUUCGGGAACGCAUUUCCUGAACAUGAGUGACCCAUACCCAUCCUGCUGUCCAUCCAAACUAAAUGUAUUUUAUUACUUGUCUGUAUUUUUAAGUGGUCAGAAAUAAAUCAACUCUUCUCCAAGGAUGAACAAAGA